CUUAGAAUAUGUUAUGUAGGAUUUAACGUAAUUACACACGUACGAUGUCACAUCGCGGAAUCUUCAAUCAUUUGUCAUCUUAGUACCUACACCUGACGUAGCUAAACACAGUUUUUAUCCAAAGGUAUCAAGGUUGGGGUCAAUCUCAUUCGAAAACUGCUGACUACUAUUCAGCACAAUGACAAAAUUUACAACAGACUUAUGAAAACGAAACUAAAACGAACAUCCGGCUAUAACGCAAUUUAUUUCAAAGUUGUAAAUCACAUUUGUUAAUAUCAAAAUCUGUGAUGAAUUUAUUUCAUUAAUGGCAUUCGUGAUAAUAAUAUUGAUCUAGCAUUUAAAAAGUGCAGCGGUCAGUAGAAGAGUAAUAACUUUGUUUGAUAAAUUUAGUAUCAAUUAUUUUAGUGUGGCGGUUAUUUACCUGCGAUGAGUCAGACCAGUAGCGCACGUCCUAGCGCGCAUAUAUAUACGUCUCCACAAGCGUCCACCAACAACAUUGGUGAACAGAAUUCGCAACAAUGAAGACUUUGCUGUGCAUCAGUAUGUUGGUGGUCACGUGUGUGGCGUACGCUUUGGCCAUACCUGUGGAGGCGGCGCCGAGUGAAUUAGCACCGGGAGUACUGCCAGUGGCGGGGGACGAGGGGUUACUGCCAGAAGAGUCCCGUUUCCGUAGGUGGGGACACCGUGGUUUCGGAUACGGUGGUGGGUUCGGCCAUGGUGGUUACGGACAUCACGGAGGAUACGGAGGUUACGGACGUGGACAUAGAGGCUUCGGAGGUCUCGGCUACGGAGGAGGUGGUGGCUUCGGCGGAGGUUUCGGCGGAGGCUUCGGCGGAGGUUUCGGCGGAGGUUUCGGCGGUGGUUACGGCGCCGGUUACGGAUAUGGACGCUAAUACAGUGCACUGACUUAAACCUUUCCAAAUUCCAUAUUGAUAUCUGUGAUUAUUGC